GUUUCGCCGCCGACGACACGAUGCCCGAGACGUACCAGAAGCACCAGCGGUACAUCCUGCGGCGGUUCCCGCCCUUCCUGGACGACACGAUGAUCGAGCACAACGAGAAGUUGCGACUGCUCUUCAUCGUGCUCUGGUCCAUGUUGAUCGCAGUGCCCACGAUUCUGGCAGCGUACACGUGCAACUACUUUGUCAAGGAGCCGCUGUUCUACUUCAGCGUGCUCAUGGUUCUUUUCGUCCUCGCGCGCGCCUUGCAUCGGUAUUGUGUGCGGUGGCCGGAAGGACAUGCGAAUCGUUGGAGCUACUGGGCGGAGGUACGUACGCGCAAUGCAUGCAUUCUGUCCACCAAGCUUUUCAGCUUGAUGAACGAACAUGGCGACCAGAUUGAGCUCGCGACGGCGCCGUACAAACUGAAGAUAUUGGGAUACUACCAUCGCAAGAUCGACCACUUUCUCGGCCAUUUCCCUCGUGGCACGACGGACGUCGACAUCAACCGACACUACAACAUUCGCACGGGCAUCACGGCGCUGCUCUUCUUCGCCGCGUUCGUUGUCUCCACGGUGCUGUUGGCGCACACGGAGGGUGACGACUACUCACAAGUGUUGAUCUUGUACGUUUUGAGUGUCGCGUCCGUGUGCGUGCUCUUCUACCUUGGGAAGGUUCAUUGCAUAGAGCUUCCUCAAGUGAUCUUGCUGCGCCAUCGACCGGAGUUCGCGUCGGAUGUUCUGUUCAGUGAAUUGCAUGACGAGAAGAUCCCCUUUGCUCAACCGGUGUCCGACUACUACACCGCUCGAUAAAGCGGCGGCCGCGCCCGCUUUUGUUGAUGUUGCCAGUUACAUGUUGGACUCAUGGUUAAAUAUUCACUGUCUUUCAUUGGUCAAAUUACUUCCAAUUUCAGCG